GGGGUUAUUGCAAACGUGCCCUUCGAUGGACAGAGCGGGCACCCAUGGCGCCCCGGCUCAGGCUGAAUAUUACAAAGCCUCUGCCAACCAUAUGUGAAACCCAUGAGGAAAUGCAGGAGGAUUUAAGCAGCAAUGGAAAAAGUUUGGGAAGCUUGUCCACCAACCCAGACCUGUGCUCCAGCGAAGAUUACCUUCAAUCCAUCUGCCAGUUAGCAAGACCCACCUUCCCCGUGAUACCUGAAAACUACCCGAGGGUCCGAGACAAGACGACGCUUCAAGAAGACUGGCAGUGCCCGAAGCCUGUGGUGAUGCCGAGAGCAAUCCCCAAAUGUAAACUCACCAACAUCAUCUCAAACGUCAUGUCAUUAGAAACAGUCCGUCUAGUUUGCGAAGAGGGAAAGCUGUACCCCUGCUCCGGCGAUGAUCCUCUAGAAAAGCUGUAUGCACAAGCAGGAAAGACUCAUCAUUAUAAGGGUCCUGCCUCCAGUGAAACCUUAAGUGCAGACCACUCACAAACCGGCCCUUGUAAUACCAGCAGUGAUGAAACCCAUCUAGUCGACUCUCAAGAUAAACCUACAAAGAAGCCAAAUCUGCCCAGGAUAUUCAGUUUUCCGAGGCUUCCCUCCCCUGGGCCAGUCCAGAGAGGGGAUCGCUUCCCAGAGCUGAAAUCCCUGAAAAACCACGAGAGGUCAGCACCAGGAAGCGAUCAGACUCAGAAAGAAAACUGCACCAUGCUAAUUAGCAGUAAGCGGAUAUGGCCACGGCCAACCAGAGAGAAAUUUCCAGGAAACAAGAUUCUGGGAUGCUCUUUAAGGCGGCAAUAUAGCCUGUUCAAAACAGCAGACAGCGCUGAAAAAGCAGAGGUGGAUUCUUCCAGCUACAACAAAAAAGCGACGGGAGAGGCUCUGAGUAAGCAGAGAUACCUGGAACGCUUUCACGUAGCUAAAAAAGCCCUGAUCCAUAACUGGAUCUCCGAGUGCAAAUGUGCCUGGCAAGAAGCAAAGGUUACAGCCUGCCUGCUUCCGGCCAUUGCAGAAGUAUGAGCAAGAAGGAUGCUGAGCCGUAGUCUUAUUUGCAAGAAAUGGUGGGCGCUGCUACUUGGAAAUUCUCCCUACCGCUUGCAUUCAUUAAGCAGAGAAGAGGGCCACAGAAUAGGUUUGCAGAGGAAGCAGACACAUUUGGAUCCAUUGCAUCUCUCACAGAUGAGCACAGAGGCAGUUCAGAUACUCAGACCCUUUACUUUUCAAGGGGAGAGCAUAGGAAAGCAGCAAGUGACGGUGGGAGGCAGGAGUUUAUAACAGCAUCUUGCAUCUGAUCGGCGGCAUGCACUGCUCAUGCCUGUCCUGCACCCAGAGAACAUAGCCAAAGGUGGAUAACAUCCUGCCUGCCUGCAUCGCGCUCCACUUAUUAUCACAGCUUCCACCACCCGGGAACGACCUCCCUACACGAUAAGGCAACAAACUCCUCCGUUUAUCAGCACUGCAAACACGGUCACAAACCGCUUAAUGGCAACAACUUCAAUGUUCGCUACUGGAUUAGUGCGCUGCUUCAUGUCAUAAUUAUCAAGUGAUGUUCUGAGGCUGAAUCUGUUGGCAGACAAUUAGCGGAGUAAUUUGCUUUCUUAAAGGGGUGUUGGUUGUAGCCGUGUUGGUCAAAGGACAUAGGUAGACAAGGUUCUGGGGGUAAAUCUUAUUAGACCAACUCAAAGUUGAGUUGGUCUAAUAAAAGAUAUCAGAUUUGCCCUCUUAAAGAAAUACAGCAGCAAACAAAAGUCUGGGGUUUUUUUGGUUUUUUUUUUUUGCUUCACUGUGAAAGGAAACUUGGGCAGUAUGCAAUAUGCUCUCUCUGAUGAUGGAGUACAGAUUUUGAAAAAGCCUGGUGUGUAUCACAGCAACUGUGCUCUCUUUCCAUUUGAUGUCUUGUGGGUUAAAUAGGUCUCCAUGGAAAUGCUCUAAAAAUUAGAAGAGGCCUUUCAUGAACACACUCCAUUAGAGCGCGGUGUGGGAAGGGAUUGGAGAACCAGGCGCUCAUUGUGCGGUGCGUGUUAACAUGGGCCUUGCAUUGCUGUUAGAGUGCAAUGAAAAUGCUCUGCUCUUUCAGUGUUACUAGGGAUCCACAUGAAACCCGGCAGCCCACAUACUCUCACUCUUUUCAUAGCGUUAUAUUACUCCGCAGGCAUGUAUAAAGCUUUUCCACGCCCACGGCUGGAUACAGCUGCAUCACCUACAGAACACACCUGUAAUGUGUAACAAGCCAAAUAGGUCACAAAUCAAUACUGCAAAUGCCAUGGUACUGUAGGAGGUGCAUUUCUGGGGGCUGGACACCACAGGAUCCUAGCUCUGAAUGCAAGUCUGCCACUUAUUUAGUGUAGUGCCUUAAGCAAGUCACUUAAUUUCUGUGCCUCGGUUUCCUAAUCUGUACUGCACCAUUAAUAAUACUGGCCUAUAUUUGCAUGAAGCGCUGCAAGAUCCCGGGAAGAAAGGCCUUGUGCAAGCGCAUUAUAUCAGCAGGUUGUGCUUCUCCAUACACCAGGCCCUAUCCUUGAAUACAAAGCAACUCAGCAGUUGUUCAUGCCACAUCUGCUGGGCGAUGGACAAAGACAGCCUCAGUGAAGGAGGUUACAGCACGGAGGGUAAAAACAGGUGUCGGUUUAUCCUGGGUCUGAUUGUCCCGCGGGGACAGUCAUUUAUACACCCGGCUUGAAGGGCAGUUGACUCAGACUAGGCCCCAGUUGUUCUCUCAAAUGCUUCACAGGUACUCGAAGUGGCACAACGGGCAUGUACAUCUGUAGGGUACUGGCAUAAAAGUCUGUCCUGGGAGAAAUAGGACGCCUGUUUUUAGCUUACGAGUGUCCACAGGGGGAGUGCGUGCAGAGGAGCUAGUGCACUGCAACAUCCCACCCUCUUACUCUGUAAUAACUCUCCUAUGUAGACAAACCUGGAGUCAAUAAUCUGGAUUUCUGCUAAAACAGAGCACAGGCCUCUGCCCACCACUACGUUUUCCAUGGCAGAAGCAGGAAAGCAUUUGAAAAGCUCCUCAGUGCUGACCAGAGAUCAAGCCCCUGUCCUGCACGUGCAUUUUCAUUAAGGAAGUGUUAAUCGACGCAAGCGUUUCACAGUGCCUUUGCUUCAAGCAAUAUUUUCAGGAGUCAUGUAGAAGCAGUUUAUUUUAACCUGUCAUUAAUUACAACUGCUGAUUGUAGAGCAAUUUAGAUGUAUUAGUUGCAUUGUGUAGAUGAGGCUCUAAAUGGAUGUGUUGCAGCCUAAUGACUCCUAUAGCAGAUUGCCAGGGCACUUAAUGACUUGGGAGUGGAAAACCUCCAGAACAAAAUCAAUUGUAGAUUUGCCAUUUCAGCCGUCACAGACCGUAAACGAGAGGCAGGCUAAUACAAAUGCACCUCUCUUUACUCAAAGACAGGCAUAACCCUCCCCAACUGGCAGAGAAGUGCAGGGCAGAGCGCCAGCCAAGAGCUCUCAUUGCUGGGUUAUUAGGAGUGAAUUGGUUGGCACCUGGGGAGCGAUGGCAGCCGGCUGCUGGCUCUGCUUAGGAGGGAAACCUUUGUGCAAAGCUACGCUCGUGAAAAACGCGUAGAAACUUAUUUCUGUAGAAAAACAAAACCGAAGUAGGUUGGAGGAAGGGGGCAAGGUCUGAUGAGUGUCUCGGUGCAGUGUGUUAGUGGCACAUCUCAGCCAUAUGGAAAGCCCACGAUGGCCUCGGUGCCCGCUGGAGCCCUGGGAGAGAGUUUGAGGAGCAGGGAAAUAUUGCAUUGGCUCUUGCUUUCCUGACCCGUGCAACAAGGACGAAGUACUGGAGGGCAGCCCGACUGUCCCGCUCCUUCUUUUGUGUCCUGCUCCCCUUCUGUAUGUGCUAACCGUUUUCUUGAGGCACCGUAUGGAUGGAAAAGAUACUGUGCCCUUUCUGUGUCAUUCCCGUUCCCCCUCCCAGCUUUAUUCUGUAAUUACCCUUCAACUAAAUAUUUAUGAGGCUGCAAUGCCUAGCAAAUCUGUUGUUGCUACUGCAUGUAUCAUCAGUGCUUUGGAGAGCAGAUGCAAAUAAAAAACAUCCAACCUAA